AUGCACUGCCAUUAUAACUGUUUUUAUCUCUCUUACUUCUGCUACCCAGACUCAUAUUACAUUAAUUGCUUAAUUUCCUUUUCUCACAGUGUGGUGGAAUUGGUGUUUCUUUUUCUUCUGCUCUUGCUCGCUCGCAUUCUCUCUCUCUUGUUCGCUCUCUCGCUCGCUCGCAUUCUCUCUCUCUCUCUCUUGCUCGCUCGCAUUCUCUCUCUCUCUCUCGCUCGCAUUCUCUCUCUCUCUCUCUCUUGCUCGCUCGCAUUCUCUCUCUCUCUCUCUCUUGCUCGCUCGCAUUUCUCUCUCUCUCUCUCUCUUGCUCCUUCGCAUUCUCUCUCUCUCUCUCUUGCUCCUCCAUUCUCUCUCUCUCUCUCUCUUGCUGCUCGCAUUCUCUCUCUCUCUCUCUCUCUUGCUUCGCAUUCUCUCUCUCUCUCUUGCUCGCAUUCGCAUUCUCUCUCUCUCUCUUGCUACUUCCGCAUUCUCUCUCUCUCUCUCUUCUUGCAUUCUCUCUCUCUUCGCAUUCUCUCUCUCUCUCAUUCUCUCUCUCUCUCUCUCUUCGCAUUCUCUCUCUCUCCUUUCGCAUUCUCUCUCUCUCUCUCUCUUUCUCAUUCUCUCUCUCUCUCUCUCGCAUUCUCUCUCUCUCUAGCUUUCGCAUUCUCUCUCUCUCCCCUGCAUUCUCUCUCUCUUUCGCAUUCUCUCUCUCUCUCGCAUUCUCAUUCUCUCUCUCUGCAUUCAUUCUCUCUCUCUCGCUCGCAUUCUCUCUCUCUGCAUUCUCUUCUAUUUCUCAUUCUCUCUCUCCUUCGCAUUCUCUCUCUCCCUCGCAUCUCUCUCUCUCUCUCUCCCUCGCAUCUCUCUCUCUCUCUCUCAUCUGUCAUCUCUCUCUCUCUCUCCCUCGCAUUCUCUCUCUCUCUCUCUCCCCUCGCAUCUGUCUCUCUCUCGCAUCUCUCAUUCUCAUUCUCUCUCCCUCGCAUCUGUCAUUCUCUCUCUCCCCUCGCAUCUGUCAUUCUCUCUCUCUCUCGCAUCUGUCAUUCUCUCUCUCUAUCUCCCCUUCUCAUUCUCUCUCUCUUUCGUUCAUUCUCUCUCUAUCCCUUCUCAUUCGUAUUCUCUCUCUCUCUUCGCAUUCUCUCUCUCAUUCUCUCCUUUCAUAUUUCUCUCUCUCCCUUAUUUGUCAUUCUCUCUCUCUCUUACUUUCUCAUUAUUCUCUCUCUCUCUCUCCUUUCUCUCUCUCUAUUUCUUUCAUUCCCCUUCUCUCUCUCUCAAUCUUCCUUUCAUAUUCUCUCUCUCUUUCAUUUCUCUCUCUCGUCUUUCUCUCUCUCUGUUUCUCGCAUUCUCUCUGUUUCUCUUUCUCUCUCUCUCUCUCUCAUUUCUCUCUCAUUCUCUCUCCCCUUUCUCUCCAUUCUCUCUCUCUCUCUAGUUUUAUUUAUUCUCUCUCUCUCUCUAGUUCUCUUUCUCGUUCUCCUAUUUCUCUUUCUCUCUCUCAUUGUUUGCUUCUUCUCUCUCUCUCUCUCUCUUCGUUCCUUCAUUCUCUCUCUCUCUCUUUCUCUUUUAUCUUAUUCUCUCUCUUAUUUCUCUUCAUUCUCUCUCUCUCUUCCUUAUGCCUUAUCUCUCUCUUCCUGGAUUCUCUCUCCUUCUUUUCUUUUUUCUCUUCUUUCUCUCUCUCUCUUUUUCUCUCUUUCUUUUAACUUCUUUUCUUUAAGGAAAAUUCUCUCUCUUUCCUUUUAUUCUCUCUCCUUUUCAUUCUCUCUCUCUUUUCUUUUUCUCUCUCUUCUUUCCUUUCUCUUCCUUCUUUCUCUUUCUCUCUCUCUCUUUCUUCUCUCUCUUCUCUCUCUCUUUUCGCAUUCUCUCUCUCUCUCUCUUUGUCCAUUUCUCUCUCUCUCUCUUCUAUUCGCAUUCUCUCUCUCUCUGAUCUUUUUUCAUUCUCUCUCUCUCUCUUUUUCGGAUUCUCUCUGA